GUUGACUGAUGUGUGAGUAGCUAACUAACGUUGUCUUCAUGAAUAUAUUAGCUGAUAUUACAUCUCUUAGAAAAACAAUAACACGUCAAAAUGUCAGAGCUAACAACACUAGAGAGCCUACUGGAGAUGGGCUUUGAGAGAAACAGAGCGGAAAAGGCGGUGGCCAACACGGGGAACCAGGGAAUAGAACAAGCCAUGGACUGGUUAAUGGAACAUGAGAACGAUCCAGACAUUGAUGAGCCCUAUGUGCCGCCUGUGGGGAGUGUCCUGGGAGGAGAAAACAGCCAGUCCACCACAGAACAGCCAUCACUAGCGGACACUGCUGAAGGGACAGCAGGUGGAGAUGGCGAAUUCGAUGAUGAUAUGACUGGAAGAGUGCCAAUGACAGAGGAGGAGAAACUUGAGCAAGUUAAAAGGCUAGAGGAGCUGAUGCGGGUGAAGCAGGCAGAGAGACGAGAGCGAGAGCGGGCAGAAGAGCUGGAGCGGGAGAAGAUGCGGAGGAAACAGGGCCAAGAGCUGCAGCAGAUUCGCCAGAAGCUGCAGGAUGAUGAUAUGAAGAAACUUGCUGACCAGCGCAGGAGAGAGAAGAUGGAGGACAAACUGGCAAGACAAAGGGUUAAAGAUAAGAUUGCACGAGACCGAGAGGAGAGAGCACAAAAGUUUGGAGGGGGUGGAACCCCGAGCACGGCAGCAUCGUCCCAACCCGCCCAGCCCAGCCCCUCGUCACCCACCAGUCACGGCCCUCCACCCACUAAGAAGGAAUAUGAUGAGUCCAGGAUACAGGUACGUCUGCUGGACGGUUCGACCAUCACAGCAGUCUUUAAGGCCCAGGAGCCGCUGGCAGCAGUGCGCGUCUACGUGCAGGUGAACGGCAACACACCCGAAGGUCAGGACUUCACGCUGAUAUCGCCCUACCCCCGGCACGUCUACACUGAUCUGGACAUGGAGAAGCCCCUCAAAGAACUGGGUUUGGUGCCUUCAGCUGUGCUGGUUGUUACCAAAAAGUAAGACCAGGAGGAUCUGCUCUGUGAGCCUACCUCACCACUUCCACUACAUCAACACAGGAGUCACCAGAAACAAAGAGAACCAGGAACAGAGCCACCACCUUUUUACUGUAGUAUCACUCAAUAAGCCAGCUAACUGAACUGAAGCAGAGAGAGAUGUAGCUCCCGGCUGCGUUCAGAGUGUGUGCAGCUACUUUUGACGUUUAUAGUGAAAAACAGUUUUGCUAACUCACUGACUGAUGCCCGUUUGCUAUUCUGGGCUGAUUGAUUGCACGUGAUAGACUGAUUUUUGUGCAGUGAGAUGGACAGUGACUUUUACUUAUCAACAACAAAGUGAAGCUAGCUGGCUUCUGAUGGAUACUGCUCCAUGGUCUCUACAACACAGUUAUACAGAACAGAAUUGUUUAAUUUUAACUUGAUCCUUACAAGGCAAAGUACCACACAUGACCUACUCGGUUGGUUCUGAAAGGGCCUUAAAUUUAAUCCCCACGAUCUUCCUGAUUUUGUGAUAUUCUAGUUUUUUUUACGAGUUAAAAUAUAUUGACAGUUAUGUCUGCAUAAUCACCAAGAAUCUACUUAAAAUAAAGCUGACUGGAGAAUUA